AUGCUAAAACCCUAUCAUAGACGAGCAGAAUCGGUUAACCUUAUGAUUACAGAAGAUCAGUCUGAAAUUGAUCAUAUGGAGGAAAAUUUCCCAACAAUUGACUCUGAACCAAUAUUGUUCGAUUUUGAGGACAUCAAAGGAAACAGCUCCUUAAGUGAUAAGCUAAAUGAACAACAGAUUCAAGAAUUGCAUGAUAUGUUGUUGAAAGGGGAUAAAACAGAACUUAAAGCAAGAUUUGAAGCAUUAAAAAUAAAAUAUGAAAGGAUUAAUGCCCUAAAUUCCAAUCAUUUAGAAGAACUUCUGAAAGAUAAAAAUGUGACAGAAGAUAAGGUGGAAGAAGAAAGGGCGAAAUGCGGUGAGUACGAAUUAAGAUUUCUUAAAAUUAAAGAAACAAUUUUUACUGAAACAGUACUCUCAGAUGUUGAAGCUAUAUCUCAGACUGAGUUCAAAACUCAGAUAAAAUUACCUAAGAUAGAAUUAACAAAAUUUGAUGGAGAUUUAAAAAACUGGAUUCGUUACUGGGGACAGUUUACUAAAAUUCAUAAUGAUCAUUCUUUAUCAGAUGAAGAUAAAUUUGAAUAUUUGAGACUUAGUAUGGAACCUGGGUCAUCAGCACAAAAAUUAAUCGAAGGUUUCCCACCGUCAAAAGAAAAUUAUCAGAAAGCUAUAGAGCUCUUAAAAUCCAAAUAUGGGAAGGAAGAAUUUUUAAUAGAAUUCUAUGUUCGUGAAUUAUUGUCUCUAGUUCUAGUAAAAGGGAAAAAUAUUCUAAUUUUGCAACUCUAUGCCAAACUAGAAACACAGUUACGUGCUUUAGAAUCUUUAGGCAUAACUAAAGAAUAA